GUCCAUGUAUGGUGCAAUCAUCUUCCCCUCGUCGGCCAAGCACACUCUACCACAACAUUGAAAUCUUCGUUCCUGCAGAAAUGGACCUUUUCCUCAUUGGCGCCCUCUGUUUGAUGAGUAUCGUCAAAGCCUCGUCGUUGGCGGCCUUGGUCUCUUUUUCGGCACUCGUUUAAACCCGAGCGCAUAACAUCAUUUUGAUUCUCGCUAGCGCGAGCAGACAGAGAGGGAGAGAGAGAGUAGAGGAGAGGAGAGAGAAAGAGAGAGAACAAAAAAAGAGAGAGCCAUGGCAUCAUCAUUCAGCGAGAUUCCCGUCCUGGACUUGUCCGCAGCGAGAGAUGAGAAGACGAAGCCGCAAUUUCUCCAGGAGCUGAGAAAUGCACUCCUUCAUGUCGGAUUCUUGUAUCUCAAGAAUACGGGCAUUGACCAGGAGACGUUUGAUCAGGUCUGCGAACAAGGGAUCAAGUUCUUUGAUCUCCCCGAAGAGGAGAAGCUUGCGAUUGAGAUGAAGAAUAAGCCGAGCUUCCUGGGCUACUCACGGUUGGGCAAUGAGAUUACAGCUCAAAACCCAGACUGGCGAGAGCAGUACGAUCUAUCCACCCCUCACGCACUACCCACCGACCAAGACCCUCUGUAUUACAAUCUAUUUGCACCCAAUCAAUGGCCCAACGAGAAGCUCCUCCCGCACUUCCGCCCCGUAUUCGAAGACUAUAUGAAACGCAUGGGCGAAAUCAGCAUGUUCUUCACCAGUCUGAUUGCACAGAGCAUUGACCUGCCCGCCGAUGCCUUUGAUGCCUUCUUCGACAAAGAUCAGCAGCAUAAGCUGAAAAUCGUCAAGUAUCCCGACACGGGAACCGGUGUAGGACAAGGCGUGGGUCCACACAAGGACUCGAUGCUCUCCAGCUAUCUGUUGCAAGCUUCCGACCAUCGAGGUCUGCAAGCUCAAAACACCAAAGGAGAAUGGAUUGAUUGUCCCCCCAAAAAAGGUGCCCUUGUCGUCGCAGUCGGCCAAGGCCUAGAAGCACUCACAUCGGGAGUCUGCGCCAGCACGACCCAUCGCGUCCUCAGUCCCGCAGCCGGUUCCGGCCCUCGCUUCAGCAUCCCCUUCUUCCAAGGCGUAUCAUACGAUGCCAAAUUCGAAUCCAUGCAUGUGCCCGAACACGUCCGAGCGCUCAAGAACGACCUCCUGGAAGCCCAGAAUGGGCAGAGGAGAGAUGACGUCGAGUUCACGUUUGUCAAAGGCAAAUGGUCACAUUUGGGCGAAGCGACGUUGAUGAACCGGAUUAAGUCGCAUACGGAUGUCGGAGAGCGUUGGUACCCGGACUUGCUAGCGAAGUUGAGGGAGCAGAAGUAAGGUCAGCUUACCUACCUCCCUUAGGUACCUUAUCUUGGCCGGGGGGAAAUCACACAGCUGGCGGAUUAAGGUACGGUACCUGCCUAUCCGAACCGUUUGUACAUGCCCGUACCUGCCUACAUACAUUACAUGUGUAGGUAGGUAGGUACAGAGGUAGUUGAGAGAUGGGGAAGGUUCGAUACUACCGAUCAUGAUGACGUGCCGCAUCACAGGCUGCUGCCAUGGGGCAGGCGGCUCGGAAAAUAGAUUACCUCAGGCUAUCUUACUUAGUACGGUUUUCAUUUUCCAGAAAGAGGAGAAAGACGACGAAGAUGAAAUGGAAGAAAGGAAAGAGAUAACGAUGAUGAUGAUGAUGAUGGAUGAUGAUGGAUGAUGCAGCACUAGGUACCUGUAAACGACAAUCAAACUUUUUU